GGGGUCCAGGGCAUUGGGGGCUGGGCCAGAGAUUGAGCAAACAGCAGAAAAGGCACAGCUCUUUUUCUCUGGCUCCCGCCCUCCCAGUCCCCACCUCGCCCUCCCUUCUUCAAGCAUCGAAGCGCGCAGAGCCCAGUUCACCAGGCUAGAAGCUAGGGGCCUGCCAUGGCCUCCCCAAGGCCCCUGCUGCUGCUAGUCCUGCUGGCCUGCGCUGUUCUGGCUGACCAAGAGUCCUGCACGGGCCGCUGCACAGAGGGCUUCAACGCUGACAGGAAGUGUCAGUGUGAUGAGCUCUGCUCUUACUAUCAGAGCUGCUGCGAGGACUAUGUGACCGAGUGCAAGCCCCAAGUGACUCGUGGGGAUGUAUUCACUCUGCCAGAAGAUGAGUAUGGGGCCACUGACUACCCCGAGGGGUCGAGAGGGAGCGUCCUCACACAGCCGGAGAGCACCAUGCUGAGCCCUGGCCUGCAGACCCAGCGUGAGGAGUCUCCUGCCCUGGUACCUGUUCUGAUCACUGAAGAAGAGGCUCCAGGACCUGAGCAGGAGACCUCAGGGCCUGAGACCCAUACCGAAGACAUCCCUGAGUCCCCAGCAAAGGAGGAGCUAUGCAGUGGGAAGCCCUUUGAUGCCUUCACUGACCUCAAGAACGGCUCCCUCUUUGCCUUCCGAGGGCAGUAUUGUUAUGAGCUGGAUGAAGAGGCAGUGAGGCCUGGGUACCCCAAGCUUAUCCGAGAUGUCUGGGGCAUUGAGGGCCCCAUUGAUGCUGCCUUCACUCGCAUCAACUGUCAGGGGAAGACCUACCUCUUCAAGGGUAAUCAGUACUGGCGCUUCGAGGAUGGUGUCCUGGACCCAGAUUUCCCCCGCAACAUCUCUGAAGGCUUCAAGGGCAUUCCGGACAACGUGGAUGCAGCCUUCGCUCUCCCUGCUCAUAGCUACAGUGGCCGGGAGCGGGUCUACUUCUUUAAGGGGAGACAGUACUGGGAGUACGAGUUCCAGCAGCAACCCAGUCAAGAGGAGUGCGAAGGCAGCUCCCUGUCCGCCGUGUUUGAACACUUUGCCCUGCUGCAGAGGGACAGCUGGGAGACCCUCUUCGAGCUUCUCUUCUGGAGCAGACCCUCUGGUGGUGCUGGACAGCCCCGGUUCAUCAGCCAGGACUGGCCUGGUGUGCCCUCGCAGGUGGAUGCGGCCAUGGCUGGCCGCAUCUACAUCUCAGGCUCAGCUCCCCGAUCCUGGGCCAAGAAGCCCAAGUCUAAGCGGCGUAGCCGUAAGCGCUACCGUUCACGCCGUAACCGUCACCGCGGCCGGCCGCAGCCAGAACCCCCAGCGGCAAUCCCGUUCAACCUGGCUGUCCUGGUUCUCCAGUGAGGAGAGCGGCCUGGGCACCUACAACUAUGAUGACUACGACAUGGACUGGCUUGUGCCUGCCACCUGCGAGCCCAUCCAAAGUGUUUACUUCUUCUCACGAGACAAGUACUACCGAGUCAACCUUCGCACACGGCGAGUGGACACUGUGAGCCCUCCUUACCCACGCUCCAUUGCCCAGUACUGGCUGGGCUGCUCAGCCCCUGGCCACCACUAGGAAUCUGAGCCCACACAGCUGGGCCCUCCACUGCUCCUUCCUCAACCUCUUCCUCCCAGCCCAAUAAAGAUCCCUCAACCCUGA